AUGAAUUCGGCUGUCGAAUCGGCUAAGAACGCUUACAACUCAUGGAAAAAGACAUCGCCCCUGGCGCGACAGCAGACUAUGUUCAAACUUCGAGAAUUGAUCAUGCGUGACUCUAAAAAGCUUGUCGAGAACAUCACACAGGAGCAAGGAAAGACACUGAUCGAAUCUGAAAGAGACGUCGGCAGAGGACUUCAGAUGGUUGAACAUGCUUGCGCAGUGCCAGAGCUCAUGCUUGGAGAGACCCUGCCAAGCGCUUCACGCGACUUGGAUGUUCUAUCAUUCCGCUAUCCGUUGGGAGUCUGUGCUGGUAUCAUGCCAUUCAACUUCCCGGUUAUGGUACCCUUGUGGACAUUCCCUCUUGCACUUGCCACCGGAAACACCAUGGUGAUCAAGCCGUCAGAACAAGAUCCUGGAGCUUGCUUGAUGCUCGCCGAACUCGCCAAGGAAGCUGGAAUUCCUGACGGAUGCCUCAACAUUAUUCAUGGUCAGCACGACACCGUAAACUUUAUCUGUGAUCAUCCCGACAUCCAAGCAAUUUCCUUCAUUGGAGGCGACAGAGCGGGUAAAUACAUCUACGAACGAGGAGCGAAGAACGGAAAGCGAGUCCAGUCGAACAUGGGAGCUAAGUGUCACGGAGUUGUCAUGGCAGACUGCGACAAGGAGAGGAUGAUCAACCAGAUCACAGUUGGUGCCUUUGAUAUGGCAGGACAGCGUUGUAUGGCGCUUUGCACAGCCGUCCUUGUUGGAGAGGCUCGCUCAUGGGUCAACGACAUUGUUGAAAGAGCCAAGAAGUUCAGCGUAAAUGCAGGAUGGAAAGACGGAGCCGAAAUCGGCCCGGUGAUCUCAAAGGCUUCACAGGAGCGCGUAAUCAGUCUCAUUGCUAGCGCGAAGAAGGAAGGAGCUGGUGUCCCGCUUGAUGGAAGCAAACACGUCGUCCCUGGCUUCGAAAACGGCUACUUCGUUGGGCCAACAAUCAUCACCGGAGUAAAGCCAAAUAUGACUUGCUACAAGGAGGAGAUCUUCGGCCCUGUCCUUAUUCUCAUGGAAGCUGAAACCUUGAAUGAUGCCAUUGAGAUUCUGAACAACAACCCCUACGGAAACGGAGCUGCCAUUUUCACAGCCAAUGGCGCUGUUGCUAGAAAGUUCAUCAACGAGGUAGAAAAUGGCCAUAUCGGUGUGAACGUGCCUGUGCCCAUCCCCCUGCCCAUGUUCUCUUUCACUGGAUCGCGCGGUUCGUUCAGAGGCGACUUGAACUACUACGGAAAGGCCGGACUUCAAUUCUACACACAGUGGAAGACCGUCACGCAACACUGGGGCGAGAACCUGGCCGAUAUGAAGCGUCAAAUGUCUUUCCCUAAGUAG